AUGUCCGUAUACACCCAGCGCGUCCCGGGCGAUGUCCCAACAGCCGUCCACUCUCUCCUCCUCUCCACGAAACAACUCCAAGAGUCCCUUAGACUAUGGAGUAUAAACCAAGCCACCGAAACCCAAGUCAGCGACGUAUACGUGCAAAUAGGCACCCAAUUCAACACCACGGUGCAUGCCUUUGCCCACCACAAAAUCGACCUAAGUGACAUUCACAGCAUACCGACAGACCUUCGGACAGUUCUAGAGCAAUGUCUCGCCGAAGACCCUUCACCACAAGCUCUGGCAGUGUACAUGCCAGAAGUCCGACGGGUACUGUAUAAGCUCCUGAAGGGCCUUCAGGCGAAGCAGGAUGCUUGGAAGGCUGUGGGAGGACGUAUACCCAUGAUGCCUUCCGAAUCACGAUAA